AAAUAGAUAAUUAUAAAAUUUAUUCUUAUUUAGGCUGGCACCUAGUGAAUUUUUCUUAUUCCAAAAGAUUUAAAGCAGGUUUUAAAAUUAUUAUGAGACUUUAUAACUCACCAAAAAAUUGUUUUACUUUUAUUCUUACAUAAAUAAUAAGGCAUUUUAAUUCAAAGAUUUAAUUCAAAGCUUUGUUUAUAACCAGAUAAUAUUUUUAAAAAUAAAUAACGCUUGUCAUCGAGAGAGAUAUUUAAUCAGCAUAACGAAUUUAAUAAAUAUAUGAUGUUCAUGGUAUUUACUAAUAAGUAAAAUUAUUGUCGAUCACAAUGUUUACUAAACUAAAAUGAGAAUUUAAAAUCUUAAGGCGAUAAUGAUUAAUUUGACAGUUGUGACGACACAAGUUGGCUAAAUUCGAUUUGGCCGAUUAUCAAAUGUAAACUGUCAUAUCAGUCAGGUGAUUGUCCGUUUGACAGUUUUAUUGCAUUCAAUUUUCAAAUGUGAAGUGUGAACUUACGAGUAAAAAUAAAACAAAUAUUAAUGUUGUAUACAUUUUUUGUAAGAUAAAAAUGCGGUCUAAAUUUUUAUAUAAGUAUCUAAAAUUACAUAAGCGUUACUCGUCACAAAUUGCGAAAAAAUGGCAAAGUGUCGUGGGGUUAGAAGUUCAUGCUCAGCUAAAUACAGAAUCAAAGUUAUUCUCCGGCGCCCAAAAUACUUUUGGAGGACUAGUUAAUAACUGUGUGUCCCUAUUUGAUGCUGCUAUACCUGGCACAUUACCUGUACUAAAUAGAAAAUGCGUUGAACUUGGUGUGUUAGCUGCAUUAGCCUUUUCAUGUCGAGUUAAUGAAGUCUCUACUUUUGAUAGAAAACAUUAUUUCUACGCUGAUUUGCCUGCAGGAUAUCAAAUAACACAACAAAGAGCUCCUUUAGCUAAUGAUGGUGUUAUUAAUUUUCAGGUAUAUACACCAGGAGUUCAUAAAAAGCCAUAUAACAAAAGCUCAAUGAUUAAACAAAUACAGUUGGAGCAAGAUAGUGGUAAAUCACUUCAUGACAUAGAAUUAAAACAAAGUCUUGUAGAUCUUAAUAGAGCUGGUGCACCGCUUAUAGAAAUUGUAUUUGAACCAGAUUUAGAGGAUGGAGAAGAAGCUGCAGCUUUAGUCAAGGAAUUGGUAUUAAUUGUACAACGUCUGGGUGUCUGUUCUGGACGUAUGGAAGAAGGUGCUCUGAGGGUAGAUGCUAAUGUUUCUAUACGAAGAGAAGGUGAUCCGCUAUCAACACGGACUGAGAUAAAAAAUAUUGGCUCCGUCCGUGGCGUGGCCAGUGCGGUGCGUUAUGAGAUUGACCGACAGCAGUCAGUACUCGAAAAUGGUGGUAAUAUUAUCAACGAGACCAGAAUGUGGGAUGCCGCUGCAAAGGUCACAGUGCCAAUGCGAGACAAGGAAGUUGUCCAAGAUUACAGAUAUAUGCCUGAACCGAAUUUACCGCCUCUCCGAGUUAAUUUAACGACAAGAGAAGACACACAAGACAUCAUAAGCGUACCAUUAAUCAGCGAUAGAAUACCAGAAUUACCAGCUGUAUCAAGAGCGAAAUUGAUCGAAAAUCAUGAUCUCCGUCCAGAAAUAGCAAUACAACUCGUCAACGAACCGGCUCUGUUCGAUUUCUUUAACAAUUUGAUGAACAAAAGGAGAAAUCCAACAAAAGUCGCCAAUCUCUUAUUAAACGAUCUCCUGACCGUACUUAAUAGACGGAAAAUCGAUGUUAACAAUUGUACCAUAAGUGUGGAGCAGUUAGACGAAUUGACUGACAUGGUUUUACAAAAGAAAAUUAACUUGGAUAUUUGUCGCAGUGUUCUAGAAGAAAUUAUAGGUAAUAGGAAAUCUCCAUUUGCAAUAGUGGACGAGAAGGGGUGGUCCCUUGUCACAGAUAGCAAAGAGAUAACAGAGCAAUGCAAGAGGGUUUUCGAUGAUAAUCCAAAAUUAGUUAAACAGUAUAGAGAUGGGAAAGUCAAAGUGUUGAGAGCUUUACUAGGUAUAUUGAGUAAAACGUCUGAUAAUAAACUUGAUAUGUCCGUAGCGUCUAAGAUAAUGGAAGAGUUGUUAAGGAAAUAAAUGUUUAUAAAAUGUU